AUGUUCGUCUCAUCCAUGCAGAGGAGUUGUGCUCUUGCAUCCACAACCUUCAUAAAAAACGAAACCAAAGAGAUUUGUAAAACGUGCCGUGAGAGCUACAUGUUGAAAGAGACAUCAUCAACAACAACAACAGGGUCGAACCCUGCAACCAUCUCCACAACCACCACCACCACAACUAGGACAUCCUCUCCGAAUUCUUCAAUGUCCAUGCUCUCGUCGAUGAAUGAGGUUUCCUCUCCAAAGAAACGAAAAUUUGAUCAUCUUCAAGAUCUUGCCGACUCCAAUGACGACGACCAUGAAACGAAUACGGCUCCCAACACAUCGAUUUUACAAGAUCAAACAUCCCAGCGUGGGGAUACCUCAACACUGGAAGCUCGCAUGAAAGCUACACAAGUGUUGACCUUACCUCAAUUGAAGAAACAACUCGAUGAAUGCAGUGAAAUGUAUCCAGAUUUGAUGCAAACCCUCAUCUCACUGGUCAGAAAGCAUGUUCUUACGAAGCAACAUGUCCUGGAUGAAUGUAAGGAAUUUUUGGACAGAAAUUUGCAAGAGCCUCAUUCGAGUAUUACAGAGAAUGAAGAAGAGCUUGCUCCCAGUCAUAACAAACGAAAGAAUGAAGAAGAAGAAGAAGAUAAGGAGGAGGAGUAA